CAGUUGUUUAUGCAGAGUAUGCAGCUAAGAAAUAUAUAGACUUUUAUGAAAUUGUCAUCCUUUACAUGGAAUUGUUAACGGGAAGUACAAUCAUCCAUUUCCGAGUAGCGUUUACGGAGUGCUGCGCGAAUGUAUCAAAUUUACAAAAAAAAAAUUACGUAGGCACGUUUCCUUUGUUACUUCACAGUAGAUUAUACCCGCAGAUGCUUCAAUUAAUCAGCGGAGCUCUUAUUCUGGUACAAACAAAUCUGUUUACAAAGAGAUAACUGGCAAACAUUUAUAAAAAAUAAUUGAACAUGGAUCCUAAGAAAAACGAGUGGAAAUAUUUAUUUAACAAAACUAGGCUCAACUGUGAUGACGAAGAGAAUUCGAUGCAAGAGCUUCAUAAAGGGCAAAAAUUUAAAGGAGAAAAACUAGAAGCGGAUAAUUUUUGUAAACUUGACACCUGCAUCAUUAGUAUAUCUGGAAUGACUUGCAUGUCUUGCGUAAAUAGUAUUACUGAAAUGUUAUCUAAUAAAACUGGAAUUGAAAAUAUUUGUGUCAGCUUAGAAACACACGAAGGCACAUUUUCUUACAAUGACAAAUUAAUAACCCCUCAGCAAAUAGCGGACAUUAUUGAAGAUAUGGGAUUUGGAGCUAAUGUCAAAAACAUAAACAACGAUGUAAUUAAAUUGUCAAAUAACUUGAAAGAUAGCUCGCCUACCAAUGACUUUGUUAAAACUUCGGAACCUAAAAAUAUUGUACAAAAAUGUUUUAUUCACAUUGAUGGUUUAACGUGUAUUUCGUGCGUUACGGCGAUAGAAAAGCAUUGCAAAAAAUUAGUGGGUGUUAAAAAUAUUUUGGUACAUUUUAUAAGUGGAAGGACAGAAAUUGAUUACGAUAGUAAUGUAGUUACACCGGCUGACUUAGCAGCGAGCAUAACGGAUUUAGGAUUCCCUGCCAUACUUAUAAACGAGAAAGGUUCCCAAAUUAAAGAAAGCGAAUUACUCAUAACAGGAAUGUCUUGUUCCUCUUGUGUUAGUAAAAUAGAGAAGACUGUUAAGCAGUUACCAGGUGUUCAAUCUGCGAUGGUAUCUCUCGUAACUCAGAGAGGAAAAAUUAAUUUCGACCCUAGUAAGACUCAUCUCAAUGCUAUUAUAGAUUGCAUACAACAAUUAGGUUUCGGAGUAUCUAUAAAAAGAAAUGAGACGGAGAAUAGACGAUAUUUGGAUCAUAGACUGGAAAUACAAAAAUGGAAAACAUCUUUUUUAGUCUCGCUUGCAUUUGGAGCUCCAAGUAUGAUAUCAAUGACGUAUUUCAUGGUGUCUAUGUCAUUAAUGAAUAACGAAGAUGAAAUGUGCUGUAUACUUCCUGGCUUGUCGCUAGAAAAUUUAAUUUCAUUUAUAUUAUCGACGCCAGUGCAAAUUUUUGGAGGAUGGCACUUUCACAUUCAAGCGUACAAGGCAAUUAAACACGGCACAACAAAUAUGGAUGUUCUCAUAUCAAUGACAGCAACAAUUUCUUACAUAUAUUCCGUACUCGUUCUUGCAAUAGCAAUGAUAACCGAAGAGACUAGUAGUCCAAAAACAUUUUUUGACACGCCACCGAUGCUUCUGGUUUUUGUUAGCCUAGGAAGAUGGUUGGAACAUAUCGCUAAGGGAAAAACUUCAGAAGCACUUUCAAAGCUACUGUCCCUUCAAGCAGCGGAUGCCGUAAUAGUUACUUUAGGUAAAGACAAUGAAAUUUUAACCGAGCGCCUGGUUAAAAUUGAUCUAGUACAACCAGGAGAUAUAUUAAAGGUCAAUCAAGGGAACAAAAUUCCUGUCGACGGCAAAGUAAUUAUAGGUAACUCAACUUGUGACGAAAGUCUAAUUACCGGAGAAAGUAUGCCAGUGUUAAAGAAAGAGGGUUCCAUUGUUAUUGGCGGUUCGAUAAAUUUAAGUGGACCUUUGUACAUUAAAGCCACUCACACGGGAGAAAAAACGACAUUAGCCCAGAUUGUCCAUUUAGUGGAAGAAGCACAAAUGAGUAAAGCGCCGAUUCAACAUAUAGCCGAUAAGAUAGCUGGAUUUUUUGUACCUUUUGUAAUAAUUGUGUCUGCCUUAACCUUGCUGGCAUGGCUCAUCGUAGGCUAUAUUAAUAUUGAUUAUAUAUUGCUGAUGGACAGCGAUCACCUGCGCCACUCGGGCAGGAACAGAGGUGAAGUCAUUUUUCAAAAUGCUUUUCGCAGUGCAUUAUCUGUUUUAGCGAUUGCUUGCCCGUGUGCAUUAGGCCUUGCUACGCCAAUUGCUGUAAUGGUAGGUACUGGAGUUGGUGCUAUCAACGGCAUUUUAAUCAAAAGCUCAGACUCCCUGGAAAAUGCGCAUAAAAUUAAUUGUGUUGUUUUUGAUAAGACAGGAACUGUAACUAAAGGUUUUCCAACAGUAACAAACAUAAGCUUACUUACCAGUAAUAAUGCAUUUAAUAUAGGUAAAAUUUUAGUUAUUAUUGGCAUAGCAGAACUUAAUAGCGAGCAUCCAAUUGCAUCUGCAAUAGUGAACUACGUGAGAGAAGUAAUUGAAACGGAAUUAAGUGGACGAUGUAGUAAUUAUCAAUCGGUGCCAGGUUGUGGUAUGAAAUGUAAGAUCUCUCAUGUUGCUGAUACCUUAUCGAGCAUCGCAAAAUCCACAAAAAUCACUAGCUUUGUCAAUAAUUUGCAAAACAAUGCAUCUGAGGCAUUGGAACUGAACGAAGUACUGAUUGAUAUAACGCAAAUGUCAUCCAAUCAACAAACCAUUAAUUCUGAACAAGCGAAUAUAAAUAUUAGGAAUACCGACGCUGGUGAAGCGUUUGAAGUUUGUAUAGGAAAUCGGGAAUGGAUGAGAAGAAAUGCCAUUGCCAUACCCCAAGAAAUAGAAAGCAUAAUGUUAAAGGAGGAGAAUAUUGGAAGAACGGUAGUCCUAGCUGUCAUCGACGGCGAAUUGUCCGGUAUCAUAAGCGUCGCUGAUUCGAUAAAACCAGAAGCUCACCUCGCUGUAUAUUCCUUAAAAAAAAUGGGCUUCGAGGUGAUACUCUUAACGGGCGAUAACAAAUUAACGGCCAAUACAAUAGCCAAAGAAAUUGGUAUUGACCAAGUGUUUGCCGAAGUACUGCCGUCGCAUAAAGUGGAGAAGAUUCAGCAAUUGCAAAGCCAAGGGAAGAAGGUAGCUAUGGUCGGCGAUGGGGUUAACGAUAGUCCAGCCUUAGCCCAGUCAAACGUUGGCAUAGCAAUAGCGGCGGGAACGGAUGUCGCCAUCGAGGCUGCUGACAUUGUCCUAAUGAGAAAUGAUUUAUUGGAUGUUAUUGCUUGCAUUGAUUUGUCAAGGGAGACAGUUAAGCGCAUAAGGUUAAACUUUUUAUUUGCAAGUUUGUAUAAUAUUUUAGGCUUACCCAUUGCUGCUGGUAUAUUUAGUCCAUUAGGUUUAAGAUUACAACCAUGGAUGGCGACUGCGGCAAUGGCACUUAGUUCGGUAUCGAUUGUAGGGAGCUCUUUGCUUCUUAAAUUAUACCGAAAACCUACGAAAGAAAAGCUGGAAAAUUACGAAUUCAAGCGAAUAGCAAGAUUUUCGAAAAACAGUAUAAAAAUUAUUGACAAUCCCAUGAAAACGACGUCGAUUAAUGGAUCAUCGUUGAGCCUAUCAAAAUUGAGGUACAGUAAUUUAAGAAUCAACUGACUGACUGAAGAGAAUAAUAUGACUAUAGAAGAUUUAAAUACGAGUGGCUAAUUUUCCCGAAUAACGAUUGAGAGAAUUACGUUUUAAAGAGAAACUGAAAAAUUCUGUGACCACUAUUACGAAGAUUCAACUGACCAAAAGCAAAAUAUUUAAUAAAUUAUAUGUAUUAUAAAGACAUUUAAUUACAACAUAAAAUUUUUUAAAUAUUCGUUAAGACUAGCUCGUUCUCGACUAAUUAUUGUAAAGAUAUUUAAAUAUUUUUUUAUUAAUCUUAGCGCAUUUCUUUUGAUUGAGAUCUAUUUAGUUUUAAGGAAACAAUGUGACUGCAACGUUUUUCAUAAUAUUAGAUGUAAUUAAUUUUUAAAUCUAUAAUACUGUAAAAUACCAUAUUUUAU